AAACGAUGAGCGUAGACAGUGGUGGAUUUUCUCGUUAGAAACAGUGGGGCUUUAAAGUAACUUCAAAUUUAAACGCUUGGCAAUUCUGUAAAGGUUUGGUCAAAGAACUUAACGAAAUAUCGAAAUUCAUAUAGGUGUCAAUACGAUGAACUGUCAAAAUUUAGAAAAUGACAGUGUCUUAAAGGGAAUGUUGAUUUAGUUGAACAUAUUUGUCACCGACAAAUACAAUCGCUAAGAUUCAAAUUUGAUGAAAGAGAGAAAUUAUAUCCAGUAUUAUUUGUUAUUGUUUACAUAAAACUUGCAUCGAACUUGUAUAGAUAACCUUGAAGCACGUUAUAAUUUGAACAUCGUUCAAUCGUUUCUAUGUUAUUGUACGUUACCUUUUAAUGAUAUUACUUGCACAGUAUUAUGAAGGUAUACAAUGGAGGUUUCGGAAACAAGGAACCGUCUUAGAGACUUGGAUUUAACUUUACAACCUCGUAUUAUACCGCGAUAUAAAAUCUGGCUUCCUCUUGCUACACAGCAGUUGAGACUUAGAAAUCUUGUACAAAUAAUAGGAUGUAAUUUAAAAUCGAACAUGCACGAUGAAGCUUGUCCGUUUUAUUACACCCUACAUAGAACAAGUAUGUCAUCUCCUUUGUAUACAAGCGAAGUAAUUGAUAAUGUAAAUCCAAAAUGGUCAAGCCUUGAUGUACCAAAUAUAUAUGCCACCGAUUAUUCUACUGCCAGCGAGAUAAUUGUAAGGCUAUGGAAAAGAGUGAUUGUGGCUAACGCGCCAACUGAUAUAACUGUAUUUACAUGGGGCAUAUCUUUUACUGGUUUGGCAUACAUUGGCCCAAAAUUACCAAAUAAUUUAGAAACUGUUUUGAAGCCAUAUUCUCUAAUUUUUCAAUUCCACGGCGGUUACUUUACGCCAAUGUAUUGUUUUGUCGAUGCACCUGAAUUGAAAAGAUAUCUACAUAUAAAAGUCAACAAUUCUGAAAUAAGAGAUAGUUACACUGUGAGUAAACUUAGUAGUUUGAAAAAUAAAAUGCAGGCACUAAAGCAACAGACGGAAUCAGUGCAAAUACUAAGAAUGCGUAUUGCUUCGGGAGACAACUUUCAUACUCCAAAGUACUCACAAUCUUCAUUAAACAGAUUACUUCAACCCCGUAAAGUAAAUAGAGAAAAGAAAGUUGAAAUAUUAAAAAUACGCAAGGAAUUAGAAAUGGCCAGAUUUAGAACAAAGUUAUUAGAACAGGAGAGAACAAGGAAAAUGGGUGAAUUAAGAGUGUUGACUCAGUUACGUUCUAGUAUUAUCGAGGAAAAUCAAGACUAUGGUUCAGAUUUAAUGGAAAAAUAUAGAGUACUAAAUAAAGAUAUAGAAAAAUUACACGAGUGGCGACAAAAUCAGGUAGAUACAAGGGAAACGUAUGUUCAAUUGAGUAGCCAACUUGCUUACAGAAGAAGACAAAUAAUUUCAGAAUUAAAUUUAAUAUAUCCUAUUAUCCAGGAUGGAAAAGGGAAAUUUAGAAUACAGAAUGCACAUCUACCAGAUAGCGAAGAUUUAGAAUUAUCUGAUGAUACUGAAGUAGCUGUAGCAUUGGGAUUUGUUGCACACGCCACGCAAAUGAUUGCUAAUUUUCUUAACAUACCUACUAGAUAUCCCAUUAUCCAUUAUGGAUCACGUAGUAAAAUUGUAGAUCAUAUUACAGAUCACUUACCCGAUAAUGAAAGACAAUUUCCAUUAUUUGCUCGUAGUAAAGAUAAAUUACAAUUCCGUUAUGCAGUUUAUUUAUUGAACAAAAAUAUAGCUCAGUUGAGGUGGUACUGUGGCCUUCCAACAACAGACUUGCGAGCAACACUUCCAAACUUAAUUACUUUAAUAAACAUUAGACCAAAUCAAUCUCAUUUAGAUAAUUCAAAACGAACAUAUUCUACAUCAUCUCUGGAUAUCGAUAUUGGGAAUGGAAAACAAAACAUACCACUAACGCCGCCUAUUCAAAAAAUAAUAUUUGAAAAAUGCCAUCGAUCCUCGAGAUCUAUGAGUCAAUUGAAGAGUAUAAAAUCUUCUCUUGGAUCUUCUUUGGAUCAAGGUCUAGAUAAGCCUGUACAGUCCCUCGUUUUAAGCAGCCAAUCAAAACGGAUUUGUAAGUCAGAAGAAAGUGCCAUAGACAAUAAAACGUUGGUACUACCAAAAUAUAGAUCAAGUAAUAGUAGCAAUGAAACUUUAAAUAAUACUAUUUUAAGUAAUAUAAGUGGUACAAAUGUCGAAGAUAACAGUCAAGAAAAUAAUGCGAUUGCACUAGAAAGUAAUAUAGAAAUUAUGAUACCUACAUCUGUUUCCAAAUCAGUUAAUGCUGCAGAUAGUUUGGAGGGUUCGAUGAGCGUAAGAGACAGAAGUUCGAACUCCAUAAGUAGUUGUGAAAUAGCACUUAAUAGUAGCCAAAAUGGAGACGAUAGUUCAAAUGAUAAUAAUAUAAUCAAGAAGAACGAAACUGAAGAAUUUAAUGAAGUAUUGAAGAAUUUUAAUGAUGUUGUAGAUAAUGCUCUAAAAAAUAGAAAACAGAGUAUAGAUUAUAAUCUAGAAAAAGCUUCACAAUUUGAUGAUCCUGGUGUGGCAGCUAGUGAAGCAAGUUACGAUAUUCAUGAAAGUUCUGCAGUUGGCGUUAAAUCUUCACCACAUAACAAAGAACAUUUUGCUAAGUCGUGUUUAUCUCUAAACGAUAUAAUGUCAUGUACUUUUGAAGACGAUGAGCAGAAACAAAGAACGAGUUCCAUUUGCAGUUAUCCAGAAGGAUACCUUAAAUCGAAAGAUUCUAUAUUGCAAAAACAAUACAAUUCGGACUCGAAGAAUGAUAGAGUAGACCCACCACAUUCUAUACAUUGGUGUCAUAAUGAUGCAAAUAAGGAAUUAACAUUGGAAACAGAAUUAAUACAAACAGCGCAGAAAUGUGACUUUCAAGCAUCAAGCGAAUAUAUAGACAUUAUUAAACGUAGUUCAGAAAAUGUAUAUGCACGUACUGAAGCUUUAGCUAACAAGAAAACCAGUUUUAAAGUUAUGAAACCUCGACUGUAAUAUUUAUAUUCUAGAAUAUACUGCGACGCUGUUGUUGCUGUAGUGGUUGAUGUUUAACUGCACCAGAUCCCAAAACAUUCAAUAAUACAUGGCUCACAUAGAAAAUUAAAA